AUGACGACGGACAACGGGCAAACGAACGGUAGCGAUGCCGGGAAGCUUUCCAAGAUCAUAAUCGUUGGCGCAGGACCGUCCGGACUUCUGCUCGCCAUUCUUCUAGCGAAGCACGGAAUUAGUGUCGAGUUGCUCGAAGCUACCGAAAAACUAGACGAGCAACCCCGAGCCGCCCAUUAUGCCUCCCCCGCCGUAUACGAGCUUCGUCGUGCAGGCGUAAUCGACGAUGUGAUUGAACGCGGUUUCAAACCAGUAAACGCAUGCUGGCGCAAGGCCAACGGUGAGUUCAUCACUGGAAUGAGAUUUGACGUCGUUCCCGAUGACCCAGAGCGAAUGGUCGUGCUUCCCCUGGAUCGACUCGGCAAGCUAUUGUAUGAACACCUCCAAAGACAACCGCUAGCAAAAGUUCAUUGGGGACAUCGUGUCACUGAGAUAGGCGAGGAAAACGGAAAAGCUUGGGUCAAAGCCGAGACAGCAUCAGGAUCGGCUAAGUUUGAGGGUGAUUAUGUGGUGGGUGCCGACGGUGCAACCAGUACGGUUCGAAAACUGUUGUUCGGGCCAAAUAGCUUCGAGGGAGAGACUUUGGACGCAGCCAUUAUUGCUACUAACGUAAUUCACGACUUUACCAAGUAUGGAUAUUGGGACACAAAUUAUAUUGUGGAUCCCAAGAAUUGGCACAUGGUUGCAAAGAUUGGACGAGACGAUCAUCUAUACCGAGUGUCAUACAGCGAAGUGCCUGGCUUGACAGCUGAGGAAUAUAAACAACGGCAGCCAGCUCGAUAUAAGGAGAUAUUGCCAGGGGCUCCCGAGCCUUCUGAAUAUACCAUCACGAAUAUCAACCCUUACAAGUUGCAGCAACGGUGUGCACCCUCGUUCCGUAAAGGAAAGUUUGUGUUGAUGGCCGACGCCGCACAUGUGUGCAACCCAUUCGGUGGUCUUGGUUUGACAGGAGGUAUCGCCGAUUUGGGAAGUCUUUUUGACUGUCUGAAUGGAAUACAUCAAGGUCUCGCUGACGAUGAUAUCCUCGACCGAUAUGCCGAAAUUCGCCGAAAGAUCUAUUUUGAUGUUAUUGACCCCCUGUCGAGGGAGAACUUCUGCCGCCUCUGGGCUCAGGAUCCUGACAAAGCGAAGGAGAAUGACGAAUUUUUCAAAGUACUCGACAAAGCAGAAAAGGAUCCCGAAUUGGCAAAGCAACUGACCUUGGGCCUGAAUAUUCUUCGACAUGACUUUACUCAAUACUAUAAGACAAAGGUUUCAAACUGA